CGUCGCCGGGUCUUCGAGCCGGCUCGAGUGCGGUUCGCAUAACUGCUGCGUUCGCGACCUCUUUCCCGUUCGCCGACUGCGCGUUGCUUCGCGUCCAUGCUGGCCGUCGUAGUCGCCAUAGUCGCGCACCGCGAAACCCAAAGCCCUUCUCGAGCCCGGCAGGUGCAUCGCCUCCUCCUACAUCGCGCUGUGUGCCCCGGGGCCUUGCCGCCAGCACCGCCAGGCCCGGCCUGCGAGUGGAGCUGCGGGUAGCGGCUGAACCAGGAAUCAAGUGUCUGUAACAAACAACAACAACAAUGGCAAUCAUUGGACUAGUCUCAUCCCUGGCGGGAUUUGUCAAGGUUCGAUACCUGAUAGAUAAGGCCAUUAUUGACAACAUUGUGUUCCGUUGUCACUAUAGAGUCACUUCAGCAAUUUUGUUCCUGUGUUGUAUCAUUGUCACUGCAAACAACCUAAUUGGUGACCCCAUUAGUUGCAUCAAUGAUGGAGCAGUACCAGGCCAUGUGAUCAAUACGUAUUGUUGGAUUACAUACACUUUCACUCUACCUCACGAACGAGGACAGCCAAAAGGCUCUCAUGUGGCUCACCCUGGUCUUGGAAACUAUGUUGAUGAUGAGGAUGCACCUAGGUAUCACUCAUACUACCAGUGGGUGCCAUUCAUGCUUUUCUUCCAGGGAAUCCUGUUCUACGUCCCCCAUUGGAUUUGGAAGAACUGGGAAGAGGGCAAAGUAAGAAUGAUCUCUGACGGCAUGCGUGGUGCCAUGAUUGGCCCCAAGGAAAAUCGUCGGGACAAAGUGAGCCGCCUAGUCCAGUACAUCAUGGACACACUCCACAUGCACAACUUCUAUGCUUCUGGCUACUUCAUCUGUGAAGCCUUGAACUUUGCCAAUGUGGUUGGCAACAUCUUCUUCAUGGACCUCUUCCUCGGAGGUGCUUUCCUCACCUAUGGCACUGACGUUAUUCGGUUCUCCGGCAUGAACCAGGAAAAUAGAACAGACCCCAUGGUGGCAAUUUUCCCAAGAAUGACCAAGUGUACCUUCCACAAAUAUGGUGCUUCCGGCAGCUUGCAGAAACAUGACGCAUUGUGUGUUUUGGCCCUCAACAUUUUGAAUGAGAAAAUCUACAUUUUCUUGUGGUUCUGGCUGAUUGUCUUGGCUGUCAUGUCGGGCAUUGUCCUGCUGUACAGCUCAGCUUUGGUUGUCUUGCCAUCUGUUCGAGAACUUGUCUUGAAGUGGCACUACCGAGUGGGCUCGCAAUCAGAAGUGGCAUUGCUGACCCGUAAAACACAGAUCGGGGACUUCCUGCUUCUUCAUUUGCUGAGCCAAAACAUGAACAUGAUGGUGUAUUCAGAAGUCCUAACUGAGUUGUGCAACAAGAUGUACAAUGGGAACAACCUUCCAACGGCACCUUCAACAUUAGAACUUUCGCCAAUAUAUCCAUCAGAAAAGCUGAGCAAAAUGGGGCGUGAGACUGAAGCAUAGUGUGAGUGUUAUAGAAGGACACUUAAAUCUUCCAUUAUGUUAGUUAUUUGAGUCAAGAUCUUAUUCCUCUGUUGAAAAAAGUUGAAAAUUGUUUAUUUUUGUAUUAGUUUGUUGACAGAGUGAAUCAAAAGUUACUUUCAGAGUGAUGAAAUAAUUUCUAGUGUAUUUUAUAUAUUUUUAAUGUCAUUUCCAUGUGUGAUUGGGUGUCUGCUUGUGAAUGUGUAUAUCUGCGUGAAUGGUGUAGAAUGCAUGUGUGCCUGGAUGAUUGUAAAAACAAGGUGCUCCAACAAUACAAACUGAAUCUACUUAUACUAAAAUGUAUGAAUUGUAACUGCAAUUAUAGUAAAAUAUUGUGUACUGUGCUUGAACAAUACAUACUUGAUGAUAUGACAAUUAAUUUGUUAUUUGACCAUAGGAUGCACAUCCUACAUGUUUUACUGCCCAGUUUAUUCUAUAUAUGAUAUUAGAAUGUAAUCAUUUAGACUUGUUUUACUUUCACAUUCUUAUAGUAAUUGCUCAUGAAGAGGGAACGAUAGAAAGAAUUGUGAUGUAAGACAUUUAAUACGAUCUCUACCUGAUAGCUAAGAUUGUGUUCUGUUUUAAUUAAACGAUGGUUUGAGCAACUGC